UCCUCCACCCGCCGCUCUCCCUCUCGCGUCCUGCCUAUGCCCCGGCGCCUGCGGCUCGGCGGCUUCUCCCCGUGCCGUGGCCGCGGCCAGCGGGCUCCCUGAAGCCGGCUCCCCCGGCCCCGCGCCGCUCCGCCCCGCAGCGCCGCGAUGCUAUGAGCGGAGCGAGCGCCCGGUCCUGCAGGAGGCGUUGGAUGCCGCGCGGCUCCCGGCACCUGGAUCCGCGCUCGCCGCCUCUCCUCGCCCGCUCCUGAUUCCUUGGCCCCGCCGGAGAGGAGCCGCUGGGGCUCGGCAGCCGCGGACAUGCCGGCGCGGAGGCUGCUCGGGUCCCUGGUGUUGCUGAUGCUCGGCGCGGGGCUCCUGGCUGCGGCUCAGGGACAGAACUGUGGCGGUUUAGUACAGGGGCCAAAUGGUACCAUUGAAAGUCCUGGAUUUCCUCAUGGCUAUCCAAAUUAUGCCAACUGUACAUGGAUCAUUAUUACAGGAGAACGUAACAGGAUACAAUUGUCAUUUCACACAUUUGCUCUUGAGGAAGAUUUUGAUAUUUUGUCAAUUUAUGAUGGACAGCCACAACAAGGCAAUUUAAAAGUGAGGUUGUCUGGAUUUCAGCUGCCUUCAUCUAUUGUGAGCACAGGGUCUAUCCUCACCCUUUGUUUUACUACAGAUUUUGCUGUGAGUGCUCAAGGUUUCAAAGCUAUCUAUGAAGUGCUACCUAGCCACACUUGUGGAAACCCAGGAGAAAUACCCAAAGGAGUACUUCAUGGAACUAGGUUCAACAUUGGAGACAAAAUUAGAUACAGCUGUGUAUCAGGCUACAUCCUGGAGGGCCAUGCUAUGCUAACGUGUAUUGUGAGUCCUGGAAAUGGUGCAUCAUGGGAUUUUCCAGCUCCAUUUUGCAGAGCUGAAGGUGCUUGUGGAGGAACUCUACGUGGGACAAGUGGAAUUAUUUCAAGCCCUCAUUUCCCUUCAGAGUAUGAAAAUAAUGCUGAUUGCACAUGGACCAUUUUGGCUGAACCAGGAGACACCAUUGCGCUGGUCUUUACAGAUUUCCAGUUAGAGGAAGGAUAUGAUUUCUUGGAGAUAAGUGGAACCGAAGCACCAUCAAUAUGGUUGACUGGCAUGAAUCUGCCUUCUCCGGUUAUCAGCAGUAAGAACUGGUUACGACUCCAUUUCACAUCAGACAGUAACCACCGACGAAAAGGAUUUAAUGCCCAGUUCCAAGUGAAAAAAGCAAUUGAAUUGAAGUCAAGAGGAGUCAAAAUGCUGCCCAGCAAAGACAGUAAUCACAAAAAUUCUGUCUUAAGUCAAGGUGGGGAUGCAGUUGCAUCUGACAUGUGUCCUGAUCCUGGAAUUCCUGAGAAUGGAAAAAGGGCAGGCUCUGAUUUCAGGGUGGGUGCUAGCGUACAGUUCUCCUGUGAAGAUAAUUAUGUGCUCCAAGGUUCUAAGAGCAUCACUUGUCAGAGAGUGACAGAUACGCUGGCAGCUUGGAGUGACCACAGGCCAAUCUGUCGUGCUAGAACAUGUGGUUCCAACCUGCGUGGACCAAGUGGAAUUAUCACAUCACCUAAUUACCCAGUUCAGUAUGAAGACAAUGCACACUGUGUGUGGGUUAUCACAACAAUAGAUCCAGAAAAGGUCAUCAAGCUUGCUUUUGAAGAAUUUGAGUUAGAAAGAGGAUACGAUACCCUAACUGUAGGGGAUGCUGGGAAAGUUGGAGAUACCAGGACAGUCUUGUAUGUACUCACAGGAUCUAGUGUUCCUGACCUUAUUGUGAGCAUGAGCAACCAGAUGUGGCUCCAUUUACAAUCUGAUGACAGCAUUGGCUCGCCUGGAUUCAAAGCUGUUUAUCAAGAAAUUGAAAAAGGAGGUUGUGGAGACCCAGGAAUUCCAUCAUAUGGAAAAAGGACUGGAAACAGUUUUCUGCAUGGAGACACACUUACCUUUGAAUGCCAAGCGGCUUUUGAACUAGUGGGCGAGAGAACAAUUACAUGCCAACAAAAUAACCAGUGGUCUGGCAACAAACCCAGCUGUGUUUUCUCAUGCUUCUUUAACUUCACCACACCAUCUGGAAUUAUUCUUUCACCAAACUACCCAGAAGAGUAUGGAAACAACAUGAAUUGCGUGUGGCUGAUUAUUUCAGAGCCGGGAAGCAGGAUUCAUCUAAUUUUCAAUGACUUCGAUGUGGAGCCACAGUUUGAUUAUCUUACAGUGAAGGAUGAUGGAAUUUCAGACUUACCACCCCUUGGCACUUUUUCUGGCAAUGAGGUCCCUUCUCAAUUGGCAAGCAGUGGGCACAUAGUAAGACUUGAAUUUCAGUCAGAUCACUCUACUACUGGAAGAGGCUUUAAUAUCACUUACACAACUUUUGGUCAGAAUGAGUGCCAUGAUCCUGGUAUUCCCAUAAAUGGAAGGCGUUUUGGAGAUAGAUUCCUCCUGGGAAGUUCUGUUUCUUUUCAUUGUGAUGAUGGUUUUGUUAAAACCCAAGGAUCUGAAUCCAUAACUUGCAUUAUGCAGGAUGGAAAUGUCAUAUGGAGCUCUACUGUGCCACGUUGUGAAGCACCAUGUGGUGGACAUCUGACAGCAUCAAAUGGAGUUAUCUUGCCUCCAGGGUGGCCAGGUUAUUACAAGGACUCUCUAAAUUGUGAAUGGGUGAUUGAAGCAAGACCAGGACAUUCCAUUAAGAUCACAUUUGACAGAUUUCAAACUGAAGUUAAUUAUGAUACCCUAGAAGUCAGAGAUGGGCCAGCAAACUCAUCACCACUAAUUGGAGAAUAUCAUGGUACACAGGCACCACAGUUCCUUAUUAGUACAGGCAACUACAUGUAUCUGCUGUUCACUACAGACAAUAGUCGUUCCAGUGUUGGCUUCUUAAUUCACUAUGAGAGUGUUACACUAGAAUCAGAUUCCUGCCUUGACCCAGGGAUUCCUGUGAAUGGCCAUCGCCAUGGUAACAGCUUUAGCAUCCGAUCUACAGUAACUUUUAGCUGUGAUCCAGGAUAUACACUGAGUGAUGAGGAGCCACUCAUAUGUGAAAAAAACCAUCAGUGGAAUCAUGCAUUACCUAGCUGUGAUGCUCUGUGUGGUGGUUAUAUUCAUGGGAGCAGUGGAACCAUUCUUUCUCCAGGUUUUCCUGAUUUUUAUCCAAACUCUCUUAACUGCACUUGGACUAUUGAAGUAUCACAUGGCAAAGGAGUACAGCUGGCCUUUCAUACAUUUCAUCUGGAGAGCUCUCAUGACUAUUUGCUCAUCGCUGAAGAUGGCAGCUUCACAGAACCAGUGGCAAGAUUAACUGGCUUGGUCUUGCCCCCAACAAUUAAAGCUGGCCUCUUUGGAAACUUCACUGCACAGCUUCGAUUUAUAUCUGACUUCUCAAUCUCUUAUGAAGGCUUCAAUAUAACAUUUUCAGAAUAUGACCUGGAACCAUGUGAUGACCCUGGUGUUCCUGCUUUCAGCAGACGAAUUGGUUUUCACUUUGGUGUUGGAGACUCCUUGACAUUUUCUUGUUUUCCUGGAUAUCGUUUAGAAGGUGCUAAUAAACUUACCUGCCUGGGUGGUGGUCGUCGUGUUUGGAGUGCACCUCUGCCAAGGUGUGUGGCUGAAUGUGGAGCAAGUGUCUCUGGAAAUGAAGGAACAUUGCUGUCUCCAAAUUUUCCAUCUAAUUAUGACAACAACCAUGAAUGUAUCUAUAAAAUUGAAACAGAAGCUGGAAAAGGGAUCCACCUUAGAGCCAGGAGCUUUCAGCUGCAUGAGGGAGAUAUUGUUAAGGUGUAUGAUGGAAAAGACAGCUUUUCACGUCCUUUGGGGGCCUUCACCAAAAAUGAAAUGAUGCGAGUGAUCCUUAACAGCACUUCUAAACACUUGUGGAUAGAAUUUAAUACUAAUGGAUCUGAUACAGACCAAGGAUUUCAACUCACAUACACUAGCUUUGAUCUAGUGAAGUGUGAGGAUCCUGGGAUACCAAAUUAUGGAUACAAGAUCCGUGAUGAGGGACAUUUUACUGACACUGUAAUUUUAUACAGUUGCAAUCCCGGAUAUACAAUGCACGGUAGCAAUAUUAUGACUUGCCUAAGUGGAGAUCGAAGAGUGUGGGACAAACCUUUGCCUACUUGUAUAGCUGAGUGUGGUGGCCGAAUUCAUGCUGCUACAUCAGGGCGCAUUUUGUCUCCAGGUUACCCUGCACCUUAUGACAACAAUCUGCAUUGCACUUGGAUUAUAGAAGCAGACCCAGGGAAGACAAUUAGUCUGCAUUUUAUUGUUUUUGACACUGAGGUUGCUCAUGACAUCCUGAAGGUGUGGGAUGGUCCUGUUGAAAGCAGUAUUCUUCUAAAAGAAUGGAGUGGUUCUGCCCUUCCAGAAGAUAUUCAUAGCACCUUCAAUUCACUGACGUUACAGUUUGACAGUGACUUCUUCAUCAGCAAGUCAGGCUUUUCCAUCCAGUUCUCAACAUCAAUAGCAUCAACGUGUAAUGAUCCUGGGACUCCACAGAAUGGUACUAGAUAUGGAGACAGCAGAGAACCUGGGGACACCACUACCUUCCAAUGUGACCCUGGAUAUCAGCUCCAAGGGCAGGCUAAAAUUACUUGUGUGCAGCUGAAUAACCGAUUCUUUUGGCAACCUGAUCCUCCUACAUGCAUAGCUGCAUGUGGAGGGAACCUGACAGGCCCAGCGGGUGUUAUUUUAUCACCUAACUACCCACAGCCAUAUCCUCCUGGGAAGGAAUGUGACUGGAGAAUAAAAGUAAACCCUGACUUUGUCAUUGCCUUGAUAUUCAAAAGUUUCAGUAUGGAGCCCAGUUAUGAUUUUCUGCAUAUUUAUGAAGGGGAAGAUUCCAACAGUCCUCUAAUUGGAAGUUUUCAAGGCUCCCAGGCACCUGAAAGAAUUGAGAGCAGUAGUAAUAGCCUAUUUCUUGCAUUUCGAAGUGAUGCCUCUGUUGGCAUGUCAGGAUUUGCCAUUGAAUAUAAAGAAAAACCACGAGAAGCUUGUUUUGACCCAGGAAACAUAAUGAAUGGAACAAGAAUUGGAACAGAUUUCAAACUUGGAUCAACUAUUACCUAUCAAUGUGAUUCCGGAUAUAAGAUUAUUGAUCCCUCUACUAUAACAUGUGUGAUUGGCAUUGAUGGAAAACCAGCAUGGAACAGAGCAUUGCCAUCUUGUAAUGCUCCAUGUGGAGGACAAUACGCUGGAUCAGAUGGAGUGGUCUUAUCACCAAAUUAUCCUCAUAAUUAUACUGCUGGGCAGACAUGUCACUAUUCAAUAACAGUACCUAAGGAAUUUGUUGUUUUUGGACAGUUUGCCUAUUUCCAGACAGCAUUGAAUGAUGUGGCAGAAUUAUUUGAUGGAGAAAACCCCCAGGCUAGACUUCUCAGCUCACUCUCUGGAUCUCAUUCAGGAGAGACUUUGCCUUUAGCCGCAUCCAAUCAGAUUCUAUUGCGAUUCAGUGCUAAGAGUGGAGCAUCUGCCAGAGGUUUCCAUUUUGUCUAUCAAGCUGUUCCACGUACCAGUGAUACACAAUGCAGCUCUGUUCCAGAGCCUAGAUAUGGGAGGAGAAUUGGCUCUGAGUUUUCAGCAGGCUCUGUUGUUCGAUUUGAAUGUAGCCCUGGGUAUCUGCUGCAAGGCUCUAAAGCUAUCCAGUGCCAGUCUGUGCCUAAUGCUUUAGCUCAGUGGAAUGACACAGUCCCAAGCUGUGUAGUGCCAUGCAGCGGAAAUUUUACUGAACGGAGGGGCACUAUCUUAUCACCAGGUUACCCUGAACCCUAUGGUAACAGCUUGAAUUGUGUGUGGAAAAUCAUAGUGACUGAGGGAUCAGGUAUUCAGAUCCAGGUCAUCAGUUUUGCCACAGAACAUAACUGGGACUCUCUUGAAAUCUAUGAUGGUGGGGAUAUGACAGCACCACGACUUGGGAGUUUUUCAGGUACCACAGUGCCAGCACUGUUGAAUAGCACUUCCAAUCAACUUUACCUGCAUUUUCAUUCUGAUAUUAGUGUGGCAGCAGCAGGUUUUCACCUGGAAUACAAAACUGUAGGCCUUGCUGCUUGUCCAGAACCAGUAAUUCCUAGCAAUGGCAUCAAAACAGGAGAUAGAUAUAUGGUGAAUGAUGUUUUGUCAUUUCAUUGUGAACCUGGAUACACCUUACAGGGCCGUUCUCAUAUUUCUUGUAUGCCUGGAACAGUGCGACGUUGGAACUAUCCAUCUCCCCUCUGCAUUGCUAAAUGUGGUGGAACACUGACAGAUAUGGGCGGAGUGAUCCUGAGUCCAGGUUUUCCUGGUAAUUACCCUAGCAACUUAGAUUGCACAUGGAAAAUCUCAUUGCCUAUUGGAUAUGGUGCACAUAUUCAGUUUCUAAACUUCUCUACUGAAGCAAAUCAUGAUUUCCUUGAAAUUCAGAAUGGGCCUUACCACACCAGUUCGAAGAUUGGCCAGUUUAGUGGAAUAGAACUUCCACCAUCUUUGCUAAGUACAACUCAUGAAACACUCAUCCAUUUUUAUAGUGAUCACUCAGAAAACAGACAAGGAUUUAAGCUAUCAUACCAAGCUUAUGAGUUACAGAACUGCCCAGAUCCUCCUCCUUUUUUAAAUGGAUAUAUUGUCAAUUUGGACUACAGCGUUGGUCAGUCAGUAUCAUUUGAGUGCUAUCCUGGGUAUGUUCUGAUAGGUCAGCCUGUUCUCACUUGCCAACAUGGAAUCAACAGGAACUGGAACUAUCAUUUCCCCAGAUGUGAAGCUCCUUGUGGCUAUAAUGUAACCUCUCAGAAUGGUACAGUUUAUUCCCCAGGAUUUCCAGAUGAAUAUCCAAAUUCAAAGGACUGUACCUGGCUUAUUUCUGUGCCUCAGGGUCAUGGAAUUUAUAUCAACUUCACCUUACUCCAAACUGAACCAGUGAAUGACUAUAUAGCAGUUUGGGAUGGUCCUGACCAGAAUUCACCUCAGCUGGGAGUUUUCAGUGGCAAUACAGCUCUUGAAACAGCUUACAGCUCAACCAACCAGGCCCUUCUCAAAUUUCAUAGUGACUUUUCAACUGGAGGAUUCUUUGUCCUCAAUUUUCAUGCAUAUCAACUUAAGAAGUGCCAGCCUCCUCCAAUAGUUCCACAUGCUGAUUUAUUUACAGAAGAUGAGGAUUUUGAAAUAGGAGACUUUGCCAAAUACAAGUGCCAUCCUGGUUUCACUUUGGUUGGAAAUGACAUAUUGACCUGCAAACUGAAUGCACAAUUGCAGUUUGAGGGCUCACCCCCUUUCUGUGAAGCACAAUGCCCAGCAAAUGAAAACCGUAUGGAAUCAUCAGGAGUGAUCCUCAGUCCAGGUUACCCAGGCAACUACCCUAAUUCUCAGACCUGCUCUUGGACUAUUAAAAUUGAACCAGGAUAUAACAUCUCUAUCUUUGUAGAAAUGUUUCAGAGUGAAAAACAGUUUGAUGUGCUGGAAAUAUUUGAUGGUUCUUCUGGGCAAAGUCCUUUGCUGGUUGCUUUAAGUGGAAAUCAUACAGGGCAAAUGAACUUCACAAGCAAAACAAAUCAGCUGUAUCUCCGCUGGUCAACUGACCAUGCAACCAAUAAGAAGGGUUUUAAAAUACGUUACUCAGCUCCCUAUUGCAGCUUAAACUCUGUCUUGAAGAAUGGUGGGAUUGUGAACAAAACAGGAGGCCCGACUAGAAGUAAAGUGCACUUUUAUUGCAAACCUGGAUAUAGAAUGAUUGGCCAUACUAAUGCAACAUGCAGACAACGUCAAAAUGGCAUGUACCAAUGGGAUUCUCCUGCCCCGAUCUGCCAAGCUGUAUCCUGUGGUAUUCCAGAAUCUCCAGGGAAUGGUUCAGUUAUGGGUAAUGAAUUCUCUUUGGGCAGUAGAGUGAUAUAUGAAUGCAAGGAGGGCUUCAAGCUAGAAACUAGUCAACAAGCAACAGCAGUGUGUCAAGAAGAUGAAUUAUGGAGUAACAAAGGGAGGCCACCUGUCUGUAAACCUGUAACUUGCCUCAGCAUUGAGACUGUGCUCUCAGAACAUUUUGUCUGGCGAUUGAUUUCUGGGUCAUUGAAUGAGUAUGGAGCUCAAGUCAUGCUAAGCUGCAGUCCCGGCUAUUAUUUAGCAGGACAAAGACUUCUACAGUGCAGAACUAAUGGAACAUGGAGUAUAGGUGAUGAAAGGCCAAGUUGUAAGGUUAUCUCUUGUGGUGGUCUUCCAUCUCCACCAAAUGGUAAUAAGAUUGGAACAUUAACAGUGUACGGAGCCACUGCAAUCUUCACCUGUAACACAGGAUACACACUAGUUGGAUCCCAUGUGAGGGAAUGUUUAGCAAAUGGCCUCUGGAGUGGCACCGAAACACGAUGUCUAGCUGGUCAUUGUGGUUCUCCAGAUCCAAUUGUAAAUGGCCACAUUAGUGGGGAUGGGUUCAGCUAUCGCGACACUGUAGUCUAUCAGUGUAACCCUGGCUUUCGGCUUGUUGGCACUUCUGUCAGGAUUUGCCUUCAGGAUCAUAAGUGGUCUGGACAAACGCCCGUGUGUGUCUCAAUCACAUGUGGACAUCCUGGGAACCCUGCUCAUGGAGUAACAAAUGGCAGUGAGUUUAAUUUGAAUGAUGUUGUAAACUUUACCUGCAACACUGGAUAUUUACUUCAAGGUGCCUCUCGAGCACAGUGCCGGAGUAAUGGUCAGUGGAGUAGCCCUUUACCUGCCUGCCGAGUGGUGAACUGUUCAGAUCCCGGCUUUGUAGAAAAUGCUAUUCGUCAUGGGCAACAGAAUUAUCCUGAAAGUUUCAAGUAUGGAGUCAGUGUGGCAUACCAUUGCAAAAAAGGAUUUUACCUCCUAGGAUCAUCUGCUUUGACCUGUAAAGCUAAUGGCUUGUGGGAUAGAUCACUACCAAAAUGUUUGUCCAUUUCUUGUGGACAUCCUGGAGUUCCUGCCAAUGCAAUUCUUUCAGGAGACAAAUUUACAUAUGGGUCCAAAGUUCACUAUUCGUGCGCAGCAGGUCGAACUCUCAUAGGAAAUUCUACCAGAGUGUGCCAAGAAGAUAGUCAUUGGAGUGGAACUCUCCCACACUGCUCAGGAAAUAAUCCUGGAUAUUGUGAUGAUCCAGGAGUGCCAUCUCAUGGGUCAAGGCUUGGAGAUGAAUUUAAAAUAAAAAGUCUAUUGCGGUUUUCCUGUGAAAUGGGGUAUCAACUAAGAGGAUCUGCAGAACGAACCUGUCUGCUUAACAGUUCAUGGUCUGGUGUACAGCCUGUCUGUGAAGCUGUUUCUUGUGGAAAUCCUGGCACCCCAGCGAAUGGCAUGAUAAUAUACAGUGAUGGGAUACUGUUCUCUAGUUCAGUCAUCUAUGCCUGCUGGGAGGGUUACAAAACUUCAGGGCUGACUACUCGACAUUGUACAGCCAACGGGACUUGGACUGGCACAGCUCCAGACUGCAAAGUGAUCAGCUGUGGAGAUCCAGGUGCAUUAGCAAAUGGUAUUCAAUUUGGAAAUGAUUUUACCUUUAAUAAGACUGUCAUCUAUCAGUGUAACCCUGGCUAUUUGAUGGAGCCUGCCAGUUCAUCCACUAUACGCUGUACAAAAGAUAGCACUUGGAACCAGAGUAAACCAAUCUGCAAAGCUGUCACAUGUGGCUCACCUCCUCAAGUGCUACAUGGAAAAGUGGAAGGAUCAGAUUAUCGAUGGGGUGCCAGUAUAAGUUACAGUUGUGCAGAAGGCUAUCAGCUGUCCAAUACAGCUAUUCUAUCAUGUGAAGGACGAGGUGUAUGGAGGGGAGACGUACCUCAAUGUCUUCCUGUAUAUUGUGGAGAUCCUGGUACACCAGCAGAAGGACGUCUUAAUGGAAAAAGUUACACCUACAGAUCUGAAGUCACUUUUCAGUGCAAACCCCCCUUUAUCCUGAUAGGAUCUUCAAGAAGAGUCUGUGAAGCAGAUGGUACUUGGAGUGGAAUUCAGCCAGCAUGCAUUGAUCCAGCUCAUAACACUUGUGCAGACCCUGGUACGCCACAUUUUGGAAUACAAAACAGUUCCAGGGGAUAUGAGGUUGGGAGCACAGUCUUUUUCAGAUGUAGAAAAGGCUAUCAUAUUCAGGGCUCCACAACUCGUUCUUGCCUUGCAAACUUAACUUGGAGUGGCAUACAGUCAGAAUGCAUUCCUCACGCUUGCAGACAACCAGAGACACCUGCGCAUGUGGAUGUGAAAGCGAUAGAUCUUCCUACAUUAGGAUACACUUUGGUAUACACCUGUCAGCCAGGAUUUUUUCUUGCUGGUGGAUCAGAACAUCGGACAUGUAAACCAGAUAUGAAAUGGACAGGAAAAUCACCAAUAUGUAAAAGUAAAGGAGUGAGAGAAGUUAAUGAAACAAUAACUAAAACUCCAGUUCCAUCAGAUGUGUUUUUUAUAAAUUCAUUGUGGAAAGGGUUUUAUGAGUAUCUGGGGAAAAGACAACCUGCUACUCUAAUGGUAGAUUGGUUCAAUACAACAAGUAGCAAAGUGAAUGCAACAUUUAUUGAAGCAUCCAACAUCCAACUAAAACUAUCAGGCAUUUAUAAAAAAGAAGAAGCUCAUUUGCUUUUGAAAGUCUUUCAGAUUAAAGGACCUGUGGAGAUAUUUGUAAGCAAAUUUGAGAAUGACAACUGGGCCCUAGAUGGUUAUGUAUCAUCAGGGCUUGAAAGAGGUGUGUUUACCUAUCAAGGUGAUAUACAUGGAAAAGACUUUGGAAAAUUUAUGUUCCAAAGACAAGGUCCUUUAAGUUCUGGUACUGACCUUUCCAACCACUACUAUGGCACAAACAGCAGUUCUGUUGCAGCUGCCAUCCUGGUACCAUUCUUUGCUCUAAUAUUAUCAGGGUUUGCAUUUUACCUCUACAAACACAGAACAAGACCAAAAGUACAGUUCAAUGGGUAUGCUGGACAUGAAAAUAGCAAUGGACAGGCUUCAUUUGAAAAUCCCAUGUAUGACACAAACUUAAAACCCACAGAGGCAAAGGCUGUGAGGUUUGACACGACUCUGAACACAGUUUGUACAGUGGUAUAGCCUUCAGUGCCCAAUCUGACUGAUUCAUAGCCAUACCUCUGAUGGACAAGCAGUAAUUCCUUUGGUGCCAUAUACCAGUUUCCCUUCUUCUCUUGGCUUUGCUGCUGUAAUCUUUAACAUCUUCUGCCGGCAUACAUGCAGCUAAAUUUUCUGGUAAAACAUGUCAGUCUUCUGGGGAUCAGACAAAGAAUAUAUAUAUUUUUUUCAUCUUAAAGGUGGAUUAAAAUGCCUGGCUGCAUCUGCUUCAAAUCAAGGCACACUUUAAGAAAGACUGCCAAUCAUGCCAAUUUGUCAUAUUUAAUGCCUCAGACUUUCAUAUUUGUAUGUGGCUGGAUGCCUUUCAAUGCAAUCUUCUGGGCACUUGGAGAAAUCCUUUAGGUACUGUGACAAAUGAUAGCACCACAGAGUAUCCCCAAGAACAGGAAUAUUAUGAAGAAAAAGUUUUCUUGAAGGAGAAGACAACCUUCCUCAAGGUUGCACACACCUACAAAUGCUUUACCAUUGAAAUCUUGUUGAAAUUAAAGCAACCUGCAGUAUAUCUCAGAUGUUCAUUAAUAGGGCAGUUUGCAAAUUCCCAGUCAGCUGUUGUAUAGCAAAACAUUAAUGCACAAUUUUUUGCACUAGAGUGUUAUGGAUGACUGAGUACGAUAUUGGUAAAAAUAUACAGGGUUUAUACACACUAUUCAUUGUAUAUAAACAUUCACUCACUCUUUUCGGAGCAAAACAUUCCUUAAGUUUACUUGGUGUGUUAGAAUAAGACCCCAUACUUAGCACAAGUUUGAAAUCUUGUGUGAUAGGGAAAAAAAAUACAUGUUUUGUUUAAUUUCAUUUGUCUAGAUUUCUCCUUAGACAUCAGUACAAACCAUUGGAGACUUCCAGCCAGAACAAGAGCCCAUUUCUAAGACAUUUUCAUUUCCACUAUUGUUUCUUCUGAAAUCAGUCAUCAAUCAUUAUUGUUGGCAUCAUACUAUUAAACAGCAGGGGGGUUAGCAGCUAUUGCUGCUUGCCAUGUACAAAUGUGAAUAGUAAUUUAUUUUAGAUAGCUCAUAAAGCCUGUGAGCCUCUGCUCACAAUACAGUCUUCCCUUUUGCAUUUUUUUCCAUUUGUCUCCAGUUAUAUGACAUCAUUUUUAAUGUUACAUUGAACUAAAACACAUUACAGUAGCAUGCAAAUUAUACCCAAUGCAAAUUGUUCAUAACAAGCUACCAUUAAGUUUCUACACUGAACAAAAGAAAUAUGCUUUGUUUUUCUUUUGGGUUUUUUUUUAUUGGUUGGUUUUUAGGUUUUUUGGGGUUCCAUUUUAACACAUUGCAUAAUGCUGUUUUGUACUCACGCAGUUUGACAGAGAAAAUUUGAGAUUUUUAAGUAUGUAUUUUGGCAGCAAUGCAACUAACAUUAGUUUGGAGCUUUUGGUAAUUUUUUAAAAACAAAUAUGGGAUAAAAAGAUAUGGAUGGGUAGAUUGAUUCAAAUAAUCCUUUAAAAUUGCAAAUUGCAGAAAACAAUGCAACAUAACUUGCUUUCAGUUAAAUGUGUGAGCAUAGAAACUGAGGAAGUUGUUUUGUACAUCAGUUCUAAAACCAAGCUAAUAUCUUCUUUAACUUUCAAAUCCAAACUUUUCAAUGUCUUUGCUAUUAUACUGAAAUAUUUUCAAACACUAUCUUUUAAUUUUAUGUGAGGAGAAUGUGACUAUUAAACAUAACAUGAACAAAUAAUAAGAAAGAAAGAAAGAAAGAAAGAAAGAAAGAAAGAAAGAAAGAAAGAAAGAAAGAAAGAACGCUUCACGAAUUUGCGUGUCAUCCUUGCGCAGGGGCCAUGCUAAUCUUCUCUGUAUCGUUCCAAUUUUAGUAUAUGUGCUGCCGAAAGAAAGAAAGACACACUUCUCUAGUCACCAACUAUAGAAAUGAUCCCUGAAAGAAAGAAAAAGCAUUUUGGUUAAUGAAACAGAAUAGGAAAAUAAUUUAAAAGAUAAACCUUAAUCAGCUUAGAAAAUUUAACAUCUUUGAGAUGUAAAAUAUCAGCAAUACUAUAAAGUAACUUAGAGCCUCCAGCUGUUAUGUUUUUCACCUGAAGAAAAAAUGGUGUUUAAUAAAUAUGGUAUUUAAUAAUUAUUUUUAAUAGUUUCAUUUUUUGUGGUAGUUUUGUUUAUUGCAUAUUAAUUUAUAUUUCUCUGUUAUACCCUAGAGCGCUGCAUAUUUUUCUGAAAGAAAGUAAAAAUGAAACGAUCAGGUCAGAAUCAGUCUCCAUUUCCUCCCAUUCCUGCCCCACUGUACAGGAUGUUUCUUUGUUAAAGGAGGCUCUCUUACCACACUUGGUCAGGGAGGACAGUGGUAACUAAAUUGAGGUCAUAGAGAUGGAUUUCUGAUCCUCAAAUUAUCUUUUUGAAAAAUUGUGUUAGCAACUUUGGGAUUCCAUUUGUGAUACCAAAGACAGGGAAAAAUCUCAGAUUUUAGUCAUUCAAAACAAGUGCAAAAUGCUAACUAAAUAGUCCGUGUGGAAGCUGUCUAAUUCUACCUUUUCAGCGAGCUUGUCAAUAUCUGUCCAUGAAUGAACACUGAGGAGUAUUGGGAAAGAAGUUCAAAACAGAAAAGAGAAAAAGAUCAAAAUAAAUUAAUUUGCUGGCCGUCACAUGUUGCUUGCAUGGCCUAAUCUUGCAAACCUUUCUUUUAGCUGGUUGUUUAUGAAGGAUGUGUAAAGACUGCAUAACUGAGUAAGCAUGUUCUAGAUUAGAUCAUUUCUCUGGGGUAUGUAAAGCUUUACUAAGUAGCAAGGUAUAUUAGUGUGUACAGAGUGCCGCAAUAGCUGUCCUGGACUUGAGUUAGCUCCUUCCAAGCUAUCUCAGGUUUCUCUGUCCAGUAUUGCAUUCUGCUGUGUCCAAGUAUGAUGAUCUAAAGCAGCCAAAAUAUCCUGUGAUACUAACUGGGAAUGUUUCCUGUCUAGGAAUGGCAGGAUUAGGCCUCAAUAGAAAGAAAGAUCUCCUUACAUUUUCAAUUCUGUGCCUAUUGCUCAAUGGUCCCUCCUUCUCUAUUACAUUUGCAUUGCCCUGCUCAGGUUAGACUCCUGCUAUUACUUUAUGGAAGGCUCUGUGUGCACAGACUUGUAUGUGGUGCUUCAUCAAAACAAGUCUCUUAAAAUGUUGUACAGCGGUCAGGUAAUGGCAGCCAGGAAAUUUACUUUCUGAGAUGUUUGCAGAAGACAUUUUCUCAUUGUUGACCAGACCCAUUAUGAUGGGGAAAGAAUACAUGCUAUAUUUUUUUUUAAACAGGAUAUGUGCUUCAAAGCUGUUUAAAACUGCUGCUUGUAUCACACAUCUUGCCUUUCUCCAGGCUCGCUGCAAUAAUUUUUUUUCUCGUGUAAAAUAUUUUGUAAACAAAGAAAAGCUGUUAUUAAAAAGGGGAGGGGGGAGGAGGGGAGGGGGACUGGGGAGAUUGGGGAAGACCACUGGCAUUAUGAUCAAGUCAAUCUAAUUUUCAUUCCCAGUAUUCCAUUCUGCCAUUUCACUACAUGCUGCUGUGACAUGAAGUAGGUGCAAAAGAACUUUUUGUACAGAGAUAUAUUUUUUAUGAAGAAUUUGUAAAAUUAUUAAAUAUGCUGUACUUUUUGAUUAAUGUAGGUAAAUUGUUAAAAAUAAAUGUUUUUACAAUACAAAAGAAAAAAUUGUAAUUUCCCAAUAAUGUACAAUGUACCAUCUCCAGCUGAUUUUCAGUUCUGAUCCUAUUACACAUGUAUUAAUAUUAAAGUGGCCUGUUAAAACAGUAUUCUUUUUGGCAAAAAAAAAAAAAAAUAUUAUAAAACAUUGUAAUAUAGCCUGUGCAAUGCCACCUACCUUGAAAGCAAAAUCAAAGUUCUAAUUAAAUAUUUAAUUUUAGAUUUCCA